AUGAAAAAUCUGGUAAAAAAGAUUCAAGACCUCAGCCACUUGGGUAUCGAGGAUAGCAAAAUCAUGCUUCCCAAGAUAUGUGUCGUCGGUGAUCAGAGCACCGGGAAAAGCUCCCUUAUCGAAGGUAUCUCCGAAAUCAAGGUGCCUAGAUCCGAAGGAACCUGCACGCGAUGCCCUUUGGAGAUAAAUCUUUCCGAGAGCGACGAAAAUUGGAAAUGCGUGAUUCAUUUAUCACGCCGCUACAUCUUUGACCCAUCAAAGCGCGUGAAGAUGCCGAAAAAGUCAGAGCCCUUGGGGCCAUGGAUUGCCCUUGGCGGCCAGGAUGACGAGCAUUUCGUCACCUUAGACAAUAAACAAGAAGUGAAAAGGGCUAUCUGGUGCGCCCAGCUGGCGAUAUUGAACCCAAGCACAGACCCACAGGAUUUUGUGCCUGGAACUAUUGCCGAAAUGUCACAUAUUCCUCAGGUCAAGUUUUCUCCGAACGCCGUUCGUUUGGAUAUCUCCGGCCCAGGUCUUCCGAACCUAUCGUUCUACGAUCUUCCUGGAGUGAUUAGCCAGACGGAGCAAGAUAAUGAGAAGUACCUAGUGAAUCUCGUCGAGAACCUCGUGAAGGACUACGUUUCUCAGGAGCAUUGCAUUGUACUCCUCACGCUGCCCAUGACAGACGACGCUACGAAUUCAAGUGCUGCUCGUCUUGUUCGAGACAUCAAAGGUGCAAAGGAGCGUACGCUUGGAGUGUUGACCAAGCCCGAUCGGCGACCAUCUAGUGAAGCCUUUGACCAAUGGCACGAAAUUCUGGAUGGCAGCAAGUUCAAGCUUGGCCAUGGCUACUAUGUCAUUCGGAACAAUCCUAAUCCCGUUGUGAGCCACUUGCAAGCCAGGGAGGAGGAAGAAACGUUCUUCAAUUCUUCACUGUGGACAAGGGAUCUCGCAGCAUUCAAAGACCGCUUCGGUACCCGCCAGCUCCAAACGGCGUUAUCUGACCUGUUGAUGCGUCAGAUCUUAGGAUCCCUGCCCUCUAUCAUUGCCCAGAUUGAUGAAAAGUCAAAAGCCAUUGACGCAGAGCUGCAGACAUUGCCCAACCCUCCCACUGAAGAUGUGCAACGUAUUCUCUGGGGCAAAACGUCAGAUCUUGAACGGAAGAUUCAUGAAAUUUUUGAUGGAACUCCUAGCAUUGAGCAUGGUUCUUCCCAGCGCAAGCCGCUGCAAGAGCAGUGGAACAAGAUUGUCAUGGAUCUGCAGACCGCACUUGCAAAGACACGUCCUAUCUUGGACGUUGCUGCGCGGAAGGACAAUGAGGACUUGGCUGAAGUCGUCGAUUCAGAUUGUGAGAUGAAGAUUGUAGGCGUCAACAUAUCAACACCCAAGAAGAGGAAGUCACCCGCGAGUGCUAGUUCUACAUCCGAACCUGCAACUCCGAGAAGGACUGUGUACAGCACCUCCUAUUUUGAAGGUUCCAAGUCAGCUCGAAUCACUCUCCAACAGCUUACCGAACUCAAGAUUCGGUCUAACACAGUCGGCGUGCCAAACCAGCUUGACCCUCGUGCGAUCGAGAAUUUGAACAAAAGAAGUGUUGAACAUUGGGGAAAGCUCAUGGAGAUUUUCCUGAAGGCUACGCAUAACCUUGUGCAUAGUAUGCUGCUUGAAGCUCUGGAGGAAGAAUUUGCACAGUACCACCAAACUGGUCUCUAUCAGGAGCUCAGUAGAAUCUUGAAAGAAUUCAUGGGCAAGCUUCGCCGCAUUCAUCUCCAAAUCGCAAAGGACUAUUGCAAGUCAGAGCACGAGAUUCCGUUCACGAUGGCGCAGGGUCAACACCAAGCGUUGAUGCAGCAAACUUUGACUUUGUUGAAAUCUCGGCGUCACAACGCUCGCGCCUUGUGCUGGCUUAAAAUUCGUGGCCACGAUACAUGUGACGAAAAGAUUUCCGACAAGAUCAAAAAGAUUCAACUCGAGCACCUUGGUCCCGAUAGGUACUCUCAAGAGAUUGAGAUGAUGGCCAGCUCGCUGGCCUACUACGAUAUCGCGUCUUCUCGCUUCUUGGACGUCUUGUGCCAGUCCACUCAUAUGAAGUUGUUCCGAGCUUGCCGUGCGGGCAUCGUGAAUACUCUUCGUGAUGACUUGGAGAUAUUCGGCGAUAACGGUCGUGCGCGCUGUCUCGAUCUCAUGACGGAGGACCCUGAACGCCAGCAUCGCCGUGCUCAGCUACAAAAAGAGCGAGAGAAGUUUUCCAAGGCUCAAGAAUGGCUGGACUCUGUUCGGGAUGAGGACUUGGAGAUGGAAGAUGUUGAUCACACUGAUCUCGCAGACAUCAAAGAGGAUUGGACCUAA